AACAUGUCAAUCCUACUAGGGAGGGGGAACAGUUGCUUAGCAACGGUACACAUGUAUGACACCAGUUGUGGAAAAACAGGAGUUUACUCGACUAGCUAGCACACAUUUUCGUUUGUGUUCUUCCAGUGUACAGUAGUGCAUUAUGAUUUAAUUUUAACUAGAAGGCGAGAACUUUUAGAAUGCUUUUCAGCUGAAGCUACUGUAGAUUCAUAUCUAGCUAGACGACUAGCACUAUUUAUUAGUAGCAUCUAGAGCUAACUGUGUGGUUGCCUACACACAUAGAGCAAGGCUAGUUAUUCAAGGACGACAGUACGUGGUGAAAAGAAAAAUGUCCACCAGCAAGGAACAAGCUGCUAUCAGUAAAAUAAUGAGUUUCCUUCAAGAAUGGGAUCAUGGCAAUAAGAUCGUGCGAAGCCGCAUGCUCAAUGCGUUUCUGACACAAAACACGGGAAAGACAUGUCCUGAAUUGGAAGUGGAGUUUGCACAAGUAGCCAGCCUCUUUUUGGCUCGGUUGACCGCUUGGAUGAGGCUGACAUACAUGUUUGGGACAUGCUUAGGUCUGCAAUUGAAAGCAGUUGGCGUCUUCCUAUCUGCAUCAAGCAAUCAUCGAUAUCUCAUAGAAUUUCUGGAAGUUGGAGGUGUUCUAACUCUCCUAGAGAUCUUAGGCCAGAACCAGACCAAGGAAGAGGACAGGACAGAGGCCCUCUCUCUGCUUCAAAUUAUCUCAAAUGCUGGACGCAAGUACAAGGAGCUCAUCUGCGAAAGCCACGGUGUGAGAGCAAUAGCAGAGUGCCUUGCAAAGUCAAAGACGGAGGAGACCCAAGAGGCAGCUCAGGCUGUGUUAGAGUCACUGGCCCAUGGGAACCCCAAAUACCAGAACCAGGUCUAUAGGGGACUGAUUGCACUUCUUCCCUGUACAUCACCAAAAGCCCAACAGCUUGUCUUACAAACCCUCCGCAUAGUGCAGGCUAUUGUAAAGUCAUCCCAUCCCAGCAUUGUAGAACCUUUGCUCAAUAUGCUCAGGUCUCUGCAUCUAGAAGUACAGCAUGAAGCUAUUGAGCUGAUCAUAGAUCUGUGUCAGUAUAAAGUCAGGCCAUUGCUGCUUAGGGGUCUGGUAGCUCUGCAGAAACCUGCCAAGGAGAGAGUACAGAAGCACAAGAUCCUGGAAGACCCGGAAAUGACCAAAAUGACUGAAUCUCUACCAGUGUUUGUUCAACAAGCAGCUGCAGCCAAAGCUGUAAGGUUGCUUGCUCAGGGGAGUCAGGAGCUCUCCCGGGAGCUAUUGUCUCUCAGAGUGGUACAUAACCUACUGUACACCAUGGGUAACCAGGAACACGCAGACGCCCAGAGACAAGCUAGCCUGGCUCUUGAGCACUUUGUCCGUACAUACCCGAUUGUGGAGGAGCACGUGCGCAGAGCCAUGGGGACUGAUUUGUUCACAGCCUUCAUGCUCACAGCUGAAACUCUUUACAUGAAGAUGGAUGAAAUCCAAGCGGAUAUACUUUUAUCAAAUAAAGUCAACAUAUCAGAAGCGUCAGAGCAUCGUAACUCAGAGAGCUGAACAAAACAGAACGCAAGCAUCAGUGUCUUUUUUAUAAUGAAGCUGAAAGCUGAAAGUCAAUAAAAACACAUUUCACAAUUUUCUCCCGUAAGAGGACAUUCCGACUGGAUAUAAUCAGACAUUCCACCUCUCCUGGAAGUUCCGCAAGUCUCCCUAGUUUUGAUACUGGCUCCUUGACACCAGCAAAUUAUGCUAUACACAAUAGCCCGGGUGGAAACAAUGUAUUCAGAGGGUGUGAGAGAGAGACAUAGAGAGCAAGUGAUAGACUGUGGUAGCAGUAGCCAUGGUCAUAAUUUGAAUCAUAAAAGCAUAAUCAUGUGUCGAUUGGACUGUUUAUUAAAAAGUAUAUGAGGUCAGAUUGAAGUCAACCUAGUCUCAAGGCCACACUGAGAGAAAGAAUGUAUGCCGGGGGUUGAACUGUUUUGGGAACUAUGUUCUUGACUUUGUGACUUGUUGUCAUCCUUGCUCCUCUGGUGCAUUGGGUGGACAGCACUCCAGGUUUACAUACCAACGUACUGUGAAAACACUAUUCCGUUCCCUACGCGCAUUAUACUGUUCACCAAUUACUGUGGUGUCUUUUAUGAACUUUUAAAAAUAAACUUUUAUGAUAUUUUUCACUGACAUGGAGAUAACAAGGCUAACAAAAUAC